AUGGAGCAAAGAGAAAAAAGUUCAGAUACUGAGCAAGAAAUAAAAAGUGGCAAACACCAUCACUCUAGCUAUUCAUCUGAUUUUGGCACUACACCACAGUCUUCUGGCCAGACCUCUCUUGUCAGUACUUUACGUACAGAUUCUAGGGAAACAACUACUAAAAAACAAGUAUCAUAUAACCAAAUGCAUCAGCGAGCUCCUAGGAAACUAAGCUGUAAAGCUGUACCAAACAAAAAGGGCAGCCGAAUGGGAUUUUGCUCCCAGAAUCUCAAUAGAGAGCCACUGCGGAAAGAUCCUGAUCUUGUUACAAAACGCAUUCUCUCUGCAAGUCUGCUAAAAAUCAGUGCGUUGCAGAAUGAAGUAUGUGAACUCCAGGUCAAGAUAGCUCAGCUGCUAAAAGAAAAUAAGGCUUUGAAAAGGCUUCAGUAUAGACAGGAGAAAGCCCUGAAUAAGUUUGAAGAUGAAAAUGAAAUUGCUCAACUUAUACUUCGUCAUAACAAUGAGAUUACAGUGCUCAAGGAAUGCUUAAGAAAAUCUCAAGAGAAAGAACGAGACACAGAAAAGAAAGCGAAAGACACUGAAGGUGAACUGUUUAGGACAAAGUUUUCUUUACAAAAACUGAAAAAGAUCUCAGAAGCCAGACACCUGCCUGAACGAGAUGAUUUGGCGAAGAAGCUAGUGUCAGCUGAGUUAAAACUAGAUGACACCGAGAGAAGAAUUAAGGAACUUUCAAAAAGCCUUGAGCUGAGUACGAACAGUUUUCAACGUCAGCUGCUUGCUGAGAGGAAAAGAGCGUAUGCGGCUCACGAUGAAAACAAAGUUCUACAAAAGGAGCUGCAAAGGCUGCACCACAAAGUGAAGGAAAAGGAGACAGAAUUGGAUAUAAAAAAUAUAUAUUCUAAUCGUCCACCCAAGUCCUCUCCAAAGAAAGAAAAAGAACUUGUUCCAAGAAAGAAUGCCGCAUGCCAGAGUGAUUUUACAGACCUGUGUACAAAGGGAGUACAAACCAGUGAAGAUUUUGGACAGGAAGAAUUUUCCAUUAUAACACAGACAAUUAUGAGCAAAGAGGAGGAAUCAGAACAUCUUUCUUUGAAUCUGGAGUCCCCAGAGCAAGAGGAACACAAUGAACCCACCGUUCUACCUUCACCGGUAGAGGAAGAAGAGUCCGGUGAAGAUCAAGGAGAGCCCAUCGUAGAGCAGGAGGAGGAGAAGCUGGAGAGUGAAUGGGAGAGAGAAGAGGUUGACAAAGAGCAAGAUGAAAAGAUGCCUUUACUAGAAACAGAAGAAAAGCCAGAGUUGGAAACUGGACAGUGCCAAAUGGAAAUAUAUCAGCUUCAACAGGUUGACAAAUUGGAAGAAGAGGAAGAAGUCAAGAGGGAAAUGCUCCUUGCUAAGAUGGACCAAAUCAACAAAGAACUCCAAGAUUCUCAGACCCCCCGGAGACAUCGUUCUGCACCCUUGUUCCCUGAGUUGGAAACAAAACUGCGCGCCCUGGUGAGAAGCACUAAAGCAAACAUGUCCCCUGAACCCUCUGAGAGAUCGUUCAAUGGGCAUCAUUUGCAGGACAUCGGUUUUGCAACACCAAAAGGAGAUGCUCUGAAUCCAGGAAACAUUAGAAGUCCAGCAUCUCCAAAUGACUUUUCAUUUGGGAGUUACGUGCCUUCAUUUGUAAAAAUGUCAGGGAAGUCCAAUCUGUGUAGCCAAAAAAGUAGCCUUGUAGGUUUGCCAAAAGACAGUCUGGAUAACUCCAGUAAAGGCAGUGUGGACUUAAUGGCAAGAAAGGAGAGAAAAGCUCACUUGAUAGAGCAACUAUUUGGCACCCCGUGUAACCAAAAAAGUAGCCUUGUAGGUUUCCCAAAAGACAACACAGAUAACUCCAGUAAAGAUGGUGUGGACUUAAUCACAAGAAAGAAGAGAAAAACUAACUUGAUGGAGCAACUAUUUGGCACCCCACGUAGCCAAAAAAGUAGCCUUGUAGAUUUGCCAAAAACCAAUAUAGAUAACUCCAGUAAAGGCAGUGUGGACUUAAUCACAGGAAAGGAGAGAAAAACUAACCUGAUGGAGCAACUAUUUGGCACUACUCCCAGCAGCUCCAUUUCCGCAAGGGGCAGCGACCCAGGCUCUCUGCCUACCAGCAGAGGGGACUGUGACCCUCUGAAUUUUUGCCCAGGGGAGAAAAACAGCAGGGUUAGAGAACAGGAUGAAGAUGAAGACUUCCUCCUUGGUGAAGGAAGAAAUUUUAAUCCAAAUAGACACCGAUUGAAACAUGCAAAUAAUAAGCCAACGCUGAAAGCAUUUGAUUAUGUAGAAGAUGAAAUUGAAGAAGUAACACUGAGAUGACGAAUUAUAUAUUUGUUUCAAUUGUAAAUAUUAAAGUAUUUUAAUACAGUAUUAUAAACCUCUAGACUUUUACUAUUAAAACUUUCUUAUUGUGGAAUGGUUUUUGUAGCUAAGUUACAGUACAAUUAAAAAGUAGAUCAUAUUGACCCACAUCGCUAGUUUGA